UCCUGGGCGUGAGGAGUGGCAGUGGCCAGGCAGCCCAGUUUCGCAAAGGCUCUCAGCGCGCCGUGGCCCACAGGCACCCGGCACGUGCCCUCCCUGCCACCAGGAUGUCCAAGAGGAAGGUCAGCUCUGCUGAAGGAGCCGCCAAGGAAGAGCCCAAGAGGAGAUCGGCACGGUUGUCAGCUAAACCUCCUGCGAAAGUGGAAGCGAAGCCAAAAAAGGCAGCAGCGAAGGAUAAAUCUUCAGACAAAAAAGUGCAAACAAAAGGGAAAAGGGGAGCAAAGGGAAAACAGGCCGAAGUGGCUAACCAAGAAACUAAAGAAGAUUUACCUGCAGAAAACGGGGAAACGAAAACUGAGGAGAGUCCAGCCUCUGAUGAAGCAGGAAAGAAAGAAGCCAAGUCGGAUUAAUAUCAUAUACCACGUCUUAUCAGUGGUCCCUGUCUCCCUUCUUGUACAAUCCAGAGGAAUAUUUUUAUCAACUAUUUUGUAAAUGCAAGUUUUUUAGUAGCUCUAGAAACAUUUCAGGGAGGAGGAAAUCCCACUUCAUCCCAUUUUUUAAGUGUAAAUGCUUUUUUUUAAGAGGUGAAAUCAUUUGUGGGUUGUUUAUUUUUUUGGUACAACCAGAAAAUAGUGUGGGAUAUUGAAUUAUGGGAGGCUUUGACUGUCUCGGGUGUCAGCUUAACAUUCCAUAGAUGAGGGGUUAGUUUUUAUAUCCUAUAAUACAAAGCAUAUUAAAUGGCAAUAUGGAGUCAGUCCUGCAUUUAAUGUCUUGAACAUUUUGAAUUACUUCUAUUCCCAUGCUGUUUUUUAGUAGAAUUGUUUCCUAAAGAAAAUCACUCUUUGAUCAUGGCUCUCCCUGUCAGAACUAUGUGCACUCUGUAACAUCUUUGGUUGUGGUAGUCCUGUUUUCCUGAUAACUUUGUUACUGUGCUGUGAAAGAUUACAAAUUUGAAUAUGUAGUGUACGUGCUAUUCAGUCGUGAACUGGUGGGCCGUAUGUAACAGCUGACCAACAUGUGAAGAUACUGGUACUUGAUAGCCUCUUAAGGAAAAUAUGCUUCCAAAUUUUAAGCUGGAAAGUCACUAGAAUAACUUUAAAAAAGAAUUACAAUACAUGGCUUUUUAGAAUUUCGUUACGUAUGUUAAGAAUUGUGUACAAAUUGAAACAUGUGUACUGAUCCUCAACCAAUAAAAUCUCAAUUAUGAAAAUACAAAAAAAAAAAAGAAUCCAUCCUGAACAUGGAGACAUCCACACUAGGACAAGCUGAGGGGCCAGCGCCCCACAGUAGGGCAGUGAAGGGUUAGGGCAGUGGGCGUGCAGCCUUUCAGCAGACAUCUACAUGAGAAGACUAUGGAGCCACGGUAGA